AUGGAGAAGGUUUGCGACCUGCCUCAGAGUCCUAUAUGGAACUGGACUGCGAAGCUCUCACCGACCUCGAGUGGGACGUAUACCUCUGUUCCGUUCCCGUCGCAUGUUCGGAACGCGUUCAAGCGCUCGGGAGCCACGUUGACGGAGCGACACGACGCUACAGGCGAGCUGGUUCGUUUACUCGACGACCUCUCCACAGAGUUCCGGUGGAUAGCAGCACGCACUCGGGAAAUGUUUGUGAAAUCGCUAGAGUCGACACCUUUUACGCCUCGGUUAGUCACACAGCAGUUGUACUUUGCACUGUGUCACGAUGGAUAUGCGUGUCUGUUGGUUAGUAAAGACCAGAAGGAGCCGAUGUCGAUACCCCCGGAUAUGCCGUCCGGGAGUUAUGUGAUUGUGUUAGUGAGUCUGGAUCUUGAUGAGGAGCUUGCGCCCUCAGAAGGCCUCGUGGGCUCCCUCUUCUCCGUCUACAAGCGAAAGACCGCACCUGGCCGAGCCGGUCGGCGCGAGGACUUGCAAGUUUGCUUCGCUGACCAGGUAGCGGCGGGCUAUGCACUUUACGGUAGUUCCACACAGCUCUGCUAUUGCAUGCGAGGCAAUCCCGGAGUGUAUCGCUUUGUUUUGCAUCCAGUGGCCAAGCAGUUCUUCAUGUGUCGAGGCGGCCCGAUCGAGUUCGGUUCCGAGUACGAUCGCGGUCGACAGCGCUUGCAGACUGUACUCGCUGUACCGACGGAAGCCGCCGGGACCUCUACUGUAGCCUCGGAAGCGAGUGCGCAUGUCGUCACACCGAUACUGUUUGCUGCUCGAGAGCUUUUCCUCGGUGAUGACGCCUUAGCACAGACCCUGCGUCAUCUGGCCGACCAGUAUGAGUAUAGCGCCGUUCACACGGGUUGUCUGAUCGGAGAUUUUCAUACAUUAAUGCAGCGAGGAGGCAUUUUAGUUGCGGAUAACGUAGACGCCCUGUGCGAAGCAGCUCCAAUGGCGUAUCUGGCCGAGGAGGCCGGCGCUCGAGCAAUCGACCAGCGGGGCUGUCGCAUUCUCAGCCAAAAUCUUGGUGGCGAUCACCCGCUCCACACCAGAACUUGCCUAAUUAUCGGGUCGCCAACUCAGCUGGCUCAGUUUGAACAGAUUCUACAAGAGUACCAGUCGGGCGCAACAUCGGCGGAUACUUGA